CCUAAUCCCAUUUCUUCAUCAAACUCUCAACUCUUUCAAUUCAUUUCACCGAUUCAAAACUUUAUAACCGUUUAAUCUAUCUUCAUAUUCUUACAAUGGCUUCCUACACCGUUGUUUUUAUGCUAGUUGCUACAUUGUUGGUGAGUUCCACCUUUGCUCAAUCACCGGCAUCGUCUCCUGCUUCGUCUCCGACCAAUGCUCCCGUUGCAACUCCUUCAUCUUCUCAGGCUCCUGCUGUUUCUCCUUCCGCCAAGUCACCAGUUGCAUCUCCUCCUGUGCCUGUCACCAGCGCUCCUUCUCCUUCACCCUCCGUCGUCGACUCUCCACCAUCUCCUCCUCCUGCUUCCACUCCCGCUGGCGCUCCUGCAGUUACUCCAUCAUCGAUUUCUAACACUCCAACAGAAGCACCAACCCCUUCUCCAAAUGGUGCCGUUUUGAACAGAUUCAGUGUCGCUGGAUCUGCUGCUGUUGUCCUUUUCGCUGCUGCUUUGAUGAUGUAGAGACCCACGCUUUUUUUAAUUGAUUUUUUUUAUUUUGAUGAAUUUACAUGGAUCGUGAGUUCUUCAUUUUUUUUUGCUUUGUUCCGUCCCUUGAUGAAUCUCAUCUGAUUAUUUUUCUGUAAUCUAUUUAUCAUUUUUAUGAGUGAUACAUUUUAUUCUUUUAAUUACUA